UGUGCAUAUAAACUUAUUUUGUAAAAAGUGAUUUUUGAAAGUGCUUUUGUUUUAAAUAAAUAUACACUAGCCAUUGUAACUAUUUUCUAAAUAGUUCAAAAGAAAAUUGUGGAAAUAGCUGUGGAAAUUAAAGUUUCUAACAACGAACAAGUAGUGAAAACUUAGAAAUAAAUGCGUAUUAACACGCUUAAGUGUUUCACUUGCUACUUGCGCGCACGCACACAUAAGUAAAUACAUACAAAUGCGUUUACAAAAGUACAUACAUACAUACAUAUUUACUUGUUAGUUUCUGUUUGCGCUCACUUAGUAAUUUCCCCCGUUUGAAUGCACUUCUAGACGCCACAAAUACUAGCUACCAGUAGGUACUUUGCCGCGAACGCCAGGAAUAGAAAGUAAAUAUUUACGCAUAUGGGCAGCUUGGAAAUAGUGCAAUGACGAUAUUUUCUCUACACAGAGUGAAAAGUUCAACUUAAAAAAAAUCAGUCAAGUAUAAUAUGUACUAGAAUAGUAUAAAUAAAAUAAAAUAAAAAAAUAAAAACGUACAACGCUCUCUAAAAGGCCAAGUCUGCUGACAAAGUAAUAACAAAAAAGUUGACCAUUGGAUUCAUCUAUGCAGACACGGAGAGUUGUCCUAUAUAUAAAUUGCUUUGAAAAAACAAAAACAAAUUUAAUAAAAAUAAACCCGUAAUAAAAAGAAAAAAUUAAAUACAUAAUAACAACUAAAAGCAGUAAAAGCAAUACUUCUCAGCAGCAUAGAGAAUGGGAGACCAAAAGCAAAACAAUAUAAACGACAUCAGCAGCGAAAAUAGUGCCAAAAAAGUAUAAAGCAGCGGAAAAGACAGCAACAAAGUGCUGCGACAACAACAACAGCACGCUAAAAUUAAAGCUGGUUAAUAACACAGUUUUCAUAGAAGAUAUGAUCAUUCCCAGGCUACACUGUCAUACAUAUGAUCAAUCUGUGUUUUAUACAGGGACCGAAAAUGCAUUCCCGCUUGGUUUAGUUCUGCAUGAGAACAAAAUGUAAUGCCAAGAACGUUCCCACAAAAGAACUAAACGGGAGCAAAAUUAUUGAGAGCAGUAUGAACGAGAACGAAAUGAGAACAACAGGUUCAACAAAACUCUCGAGAACGUUCUCAAGAAGAACAGAAUGAGAACGAAACUUUCGGUAACAUUUUCGAUGAGAACAAAAUAAGAACGAAAGGCUCGAUAACGUUUUCAAGGGGGAUGAAAUAAGAACAAAAGCCUGUAAAACGUUCUACUAGAUAACAAAACGAGAACAAACGUUUUCAGGACUUAACGUUAGGAAUGAGAGGGGCUGCUUAUUUGUGAAAACCAUGAGUGUCAAUUCUAAGCCAGAGCAAAGCUGCAUCAUAUUAACUUCCAGUUUGGUUUUCUUUAGGGGCACUGUACAUUUAUGGAAUAACUAGCAGAGCAACCGACGUCGUUAGGGUGAAAUUCAUAAUUCAGGCGAAGUAAAUAUUUAAAAAGACAACAAAAUAUAGUGACUACACAAGAAAUAACUAAGUAAAACCACACAACAAAGUUCCGGGAGACGUGGAGAAACCAUCACAGUGCGAAAACUUCCAACAGGCAGCCUGCAAAGCCGCCCAUUCCGAUCCACUAAACCGAGCCAUCCACUUAGUCACCAUUCAAAACGAGGUCAACCGGCCAAAGUGGCCUGCUGCCCAACAAACCCACCCACCAAACGUUUAAGUGACUAACCAUUGCAUCGUCAAGCCAAUCAACUCGAAAAAUUUUGCGGUGGAAAUAUAAACAGCUGCACUGGCGCACUACAAUAGACAACAACACUUCAAUAACACCAGCAGCCACAACAACGCUUCCAUUUUCGUUGCCGGCGGUAGCGUUGGUUGUGCUGGUUCGGCUGGAGUACCCAUUAUUAUGGAGGGCCCCGAGGUGACGUUCCUCUUUCAAUUUGGCAGUUUACGUGAUGCUGUAUCGGUAGCGGCCAGUAGUUUAACAUUGAAAACGCUCAAGGAUUUAGCCUGUGAAUUCAUUAACACAAAGAUACCCGACAGCGGCUUAACACAUCUACCAGAACGUAUAUUAAUCUUUCGCCAUGACUACAACAGUCCAAAUGUGUUGCACAUCAUCAACUCAGCUGCAGAAGUGGUCGAUGAGACGUUGGUGGAGAUUGUAUUGACUGCCAGCCCCAUCCUGUAUCCCACAUCGGAAAUGCCAACUUUGAAGCCGCAUACGCUCAAUGUACAUUCGUACAAAGCACCAACAUUUUGUGAUUUCUGUGGUGAAAUGCUGUUCGGUUUGGUGCGACAAGGACUCAAAUGUGAUGGUUGCGGUCAAAAUUAUCAUAAACGCUGUGUUGUGAAAAUACCAAACAAUUGCAGUCGCCCGAAUGAUACUAGCUCGAGACGUUCGUCGGCUCUACAACCGCCACGUAGUCCCUCAGGUGGUUCAACGCAAUCGUUGGUCUCGAAUGACGAUCCGGCGCGAAGUGAUGGCGGUAGCUCACUGAGUGUCCCCCACUAUCGCAGUCACAGCCGUUCGCCUUCUUCGAGUAGCCGCAACGGCACGCAGAGCAGCAAUCAUUGCCUCGCCGCCAAUAUUUCUAUGUACACGUCAACUCUCGCUUACGCCGAAAAAAUACGCAUUCCACACACCUUCAUGGUGCAUACCUAUGGUAUCCCAACCGUAUGCCAAUAUUGCAAAAAACUACUGAAAGGUCUGUUCAAGCAGGGCCUCCAAUGCAAAGAUUGCCAAUAUAAUGCGCAUAAGAAGUGCUUAGAUAAAGUGCCACACGACUGCACCGGCGAGCGGCAGCUGCAUGCCAACGACUUUGCCGAUAACACGCCCACGCAUGCGCAUACACCGAAAGCGGGCGACAACUUUUUUCGCGAGGAGUUCGAUGAUAGCGAUUUCGAAGACAAUCCCUCGCCAAGUGGUGGUGGUUACACAGGUAACUUGACGCAUAAGUAUGGAACCGCAGCUGGAGCAAAAUCUGUGCGUGCCGGUAUUCCCAAGACGACAACGAAUGCACACAAUUCGCCACCAGAGCUGGUCAAUGGGCUGGUAAGUCCUGGCGAUGGACGUGUUGGAGGAUAUGCGGAUGGACGUAGCGCGGGCGAGGGGCAGUCAAUUGAUGGACAAUCGGAGCAAUCGAGCUCUUCUUCAUCGCCCAGUGCCAAUAUACCAUUAAUGCGUAUCGUACAAUCAGUGAAGCACACGAAAAAGCGUGGCGGCCAAGCGAUCAAAGAGGGAUGGCUGGUACAUUAUACCAGUCUAGAUAAAACAGUAAAGCGCUUUUAUUGGCGCUUAGAUUCGAAGACGCUUACGUUGACGCUCUUUCUCUCCGAACAAGGUAGCAAGUAUCACAAGGAUAUACCACUAUCGGAAAUACAGGGUAUAGAUGCGAAUCGUGAUUUUCGUGUAGACAACAAUUAUUGCUUCGAACUUAAGACGGCCACCAUAAGCUACUAUGUAGGCCAGGAUCCAUUAGUGGGUGUACGUGAAGAGCAGCCAGUAAGACUGCCGCCACCAGACAGCGGUAUUGGCUCGGAUAUCGCUAAAGGCUGGGAGACAAUCAUCAAACAGGCCUAUAUGCAUGUCACAAACACGCAAUGCUGUGAAUCAGAAGAAAACGUACAGGAUAUGGGUCAGCUUUAUCAGAUCUUCCCCGAUGAAGUGCUUGGUUCUGGACAAUUUGGUGUUGUCUAUGGAGGUGUACACAAGAAAACCAAACGUGAAGUGGCUAUUAAAGUUAUUGAUAAGUUGAGGUUUCCGACUAAACAGGAGGCACAACUCAAAAACGAAGUUGCCAUAUUGCAGAACAUUUCUCAUUGCGGUGUUGUGAAUUUAGAGCGCAUGUUCGAAACGCCAGAACGCAUAUUCGUUGUGAUGGAGAAGCUUAAAGGUGAUAUGUUAGAGAUGAUACUCUCGCACGAACGUGGACGUCUUAGCGAAAGAGUAACGAAAUUCCUAAUUACACAAAUACUCAUAGCGCUAAAACAUUUGCAUAGCAAAAAUAUUGUCCAUUGUGAUUUGAAGCCGGAAAAUGUAUUGCUCUCAUCCGAUAACGAAUUUCCACAAGUUAAACUAUGUGAUUUUGGUUAUGCUAGAAUUAUCGGUGAGAAGUCUUUUAGGCGGUCGGUUGUGGGAACACCAGCAUACUUGGCUCCUGAGGUGCUCCGCAACAAAGGCUACAACCGUUCACUGGAUAUGUGGAGUGUUGGUGUUAUUAUUUAUGUCAGCCUCAGCGGUACGUUCCCCUUCAAUGAAGAGGAGGACAUAAAUGAUCAGAUACAAAAUGCCGCUUUUAUGUAUCCGCCAAAUCCAUGGAAGGAGAUCUCCUCUAAUGCCAUCGACCUCAUCAACAAUUUGCUGCAAGUGAAACAGCGUAAACGCUAUACUGUCGAUAAAAGUUUACAACAUUAUUGGCUACAAGAUAAACAAACCUAUAGAGAUUUGCGCAAUUUGGAGGGUCAGGUGGGCACACGUUAUUUAACGCACGAAGCGGACGAUAUACGAUGGGCUAGUAGUGGUGACAUGUGACCUGGUGGCGGAGAGAACAAUACCAAUAUACGAGAAGAAGUCAGGGAAGAAGAGGAUAAAUUGCAAAAAAAAGAGCACGAGCAACUGCAACAACAACAAAUAGCACUAAUGUCAACCAACGAACCACGGCGUACAAAUCCCCGCCAAAAAUUAUCCAUACAAGAACCAACGCAGCAACAUCAGCACAUCGAUGCGGAAGCUUGUGGUUGUCGCAGUUUACCCGGUACACUGAAAGUAGAAGCUAUUGGCGAUAAGGCCAUAAAAUGGAUGCGUGGCCAUUUAUGUCGAAAUGUGAAAUGAGUUUUAAAUUAAAUAAAAAGCAAACUCCAAAUUAUAGAAUAAUAAUAGUAAGACAAACCCCAAAGUUAGCUCAAACAGAGCUUUUGCAUGGUCAAAUCGGACCAUGGCUUAAACUUGGUUUAUACGCUGGAGUUAGAUGGUUUAAACCAAAAUUUCAUUGUCAGCCAGCUAUUAAAUACAUACACAUAAACGCAGUUUACGAGUAUGUGAUCUAAGUUGAAACGUGCUCUGAAAAACUGGCCUAAGUUAUAUAAGUACUUCUAUUACAUAUAUAUAAAACGUACUACAUAAUAAUGUAAAAACUUAUGUUUAUAUGUACAGUCAUGUGCAGAAUAUUAAGACCGUCAAAUAAAAUUUUGGUGGUUAAGUUUAAGCUUUUAGAACUUACAUACAUACUACUUACAUAUGUAUGCAAUAUGCAUUUCGAUUAAAAUGUGUAUCAUAUAAUACUUAAGCUCGUUUUAUUGAUUUAGCGUAAUUUUUAAUGUUGAACUUUUAAGUUUUCCGUUAAGCGCAACAUCGUAAAUGCACAACAACGGGUUAGGGAGCCAAUAAAAGACAAAAAAGUGUUGCGCUGCGAGAAUCACAUUAUAAACAAUUUUAAUUUAAGUUAAGUUUUUUUACAAUUGCGGAUUAAAUAAGUAGUCAAUAUUUGAAGAACUUUCUGAUGGUCUUAAUAUUUUACACAUAACAGUAUAUCUACAUACAUUCGUGCAUAGAUAGCUUAAAAGCUCCUCAGUGCCCCCAAUUGAGUAAAGUUAGUCUCUUCAAAAAACAAACAAAAA